GUGAGCUGUGAGCAGGGACGGACGGUUUGAGUCAGAUUGACCAUCACUGUGUGUUCCUCUGAGUGUGAUCGAUCUGUUCCUGUGCUGCUGGAGGUGGCACGGAUCUCCAGCGGUGGGCGGCACAGAACAGGAGCACAUUCAAUAACCGUCCUGCAGCUCUGUGAAGAUGAAGGAGCCGUGGGGGCUCUGAGCUCUCUUCCAGAGACAUGGAUGUGCUGGAGGGUUCUGGUUCUGGUUGCUGCGGGAACCGAUCGGACUGGGAAGACCAGUCGCUCUUCACCGACACCGAGCUGGUGGUGUUAACGACGCUGUGUGUGCCGCUGCUGCUGCUCGGCCUGCUGGGAAACGCCCUGACCAUUCUGGUGGUGUGGCGACGCCCACAAAUGAGAAGCACCACCUACCUGUACCUGAGCAGCAUGGCCUUAUCAGACAUCCUCAUUCUGCUGCUGAUGCCUCUGGACCUCUAUAAGCUGUGGCGGUUUCGUCCGUGGUUGCUAGGCGACGCCGUGUGCAAGCUGUCGAUGUUUGUGGGAGAAUGUUGCACGUUCUCGUCCAUCCUGCACAUGACGGCGCUGGGGGCGGAGCGAUACCUAGCCGUCUGCUUCCCGCUCCGCGCGCGCCUGCUGGUCACCAGGGGGCGUGUCCGAGCACUGAUCGCGGGGCUGUGGGGCGUGGCCAUGCUCAGCGCGGGGCCGGUGUUUGCACUGGUGGGGGUGGAGCAGUUUGAGGGCGGAGCCAGCGAGUGCCGCUGCACGCAGUACGCACAGACCUCCGGGCUUCUGAAAGCCAUGCUGUGGCUCUCCAAUCUCUACUUCAUCUGUCCGCUCACCGUGCUGUCGCUCCUGUACGGCCUGAUCGCUCGCCGCCUGCACCUGCGCUCGCACACGCACCGAGACCAGACACACCGCCAGACCCUCCGCAUGAUGGUGGUGAUCGUGCUGGUGUUCAUCUUGUGCUGGCUGCCGUUCCACGUGAGCCGGACGCUGUUUUCGGUCUCGCACUCCAGCGAUCAGCUGUAUUACAUCAGUCAGUAUUUCAAUCUGGUGUCUUUAGUGCUGUUUUACGUCAGCGCCGCUGUGAAUCCUCUGCUGUAUAACAUCAUGUCUGCUCGCUACCGAGCCAACGUCCUCGCCAUGCUGCGGCUAACAGUGGGCUCCAUGGACGAGCUGCGCCACAGGGCCCGCACCUCCCCGCUCACCGCCUCUCACUCCAGCACACACUUCUGAUUGUGUGUGAGUGUGU